UCCGACACAUCAACGCUCAUCUCUCUCUCUCUCUCUCUCUGAUCACAAAUGGCUUCUUCAGGUGGCAACUUGAACACUUCUGUCAAUUCUCAUCCCAGCUUCUCUUUCUCAACCACCCAGUUCUCGAAUUCUUCUUUCAGUGACCUUCUUGGUAGUAAUGAAGACAUGAAUAAUCCUAACCAUGGUAGAACUUCAUUUACUUGGGGAUUAUCCGACCGCAUAAAUGAUCGAGGUGGCAUUGAAAUUCCAAAGUUCAAGUCUCUUCCGCCUUCUUCUCUACCCAUCUCUCCUCCUCCUGUUUCUCCCUCAUCUUUCCUUUCUUUUCCACCUAAUUUAAGCCCAACAAUGCUCUUGGACUCACCUGCCUUUCUUUCAUCUGAUGUUGUACCAACUCCAAGUACGGGGACAUUUGCUAGUCUGUUCUUCAAGGGGGAUGACAGAAACUAUUCUGAUUUCUCUUUCCAAUCCCAAACAAGGCCUCCUCCUGCUACAUCAGCAUCCAUAUUUCAAACGUCUGCACACAAAAUUUCAUCGGAAGAAUCAUUAGGAAGACCACAAGAAGGAUGGAAUGCACACAAACUAAAUAAGCAAACUGAAUUCGCUUUGGAGAAAAAUGGGGUGAAAUCAGAAUUGGGACGGAUCCAGAGUUUCUCCCCAGAAAACAUCACAGCCCAAACAACCAUGCAAGGUAAUGCUGCACCUCAAUCCAUUCAUAUCAACCAUACUCAACCAUCACAAUCUAUUAGAGAGCAAAGAAGAUCAGAUGAUGGGUACAAUUGGAGAAAGUAUGGACAAAAGCAAGUUAAAGGAAGCGAGAAUCCACGAAGCUAUUACAAGUGCACACAUCAGAACUGUCUUACAAAGAAAAAGGUUGAGAGCACUUUGGAUGGACAAAUUACUGAAAUAGUAUACAAGGGAAGCCACAACCAUCCCAAGCCUCAGUCUACUAGAAGAACAUCCUCACAUUCAUAUCAAACAUCAGCCUGUACCGGCUCAGAAAUUUCAAAUCAAUCGAACACAACUUUUGGAAAUGCACAACCAGAAUCUGUGACAACACCAGAGAAUUCAUCAACUUCAUUUGGAGAGGAUGACUUCGAACAAGGCUCUCCAAUUAGCAAAUCAGGGGAUGCCAAUGAAGAUGAACGUGAAACCAAAAGAUGGAAGGGAGAGAAUGAGAAUGAGGUUAUAUCAGCUUCGGGCAGUAGAACCGUGCGAGAACCUAGAAUUGUGGUUCAGACCACAAGUGAUAUUGAUAUCCUUGAUGAUGGUUAUAGAUGGAGGAAGUAUGGACAGAAAGUUGUAAAAGGCAAUCCAAAUCCAAGGAGCUACUACAAGUGUACAUUUAUAGGAUGUCAAGUGAGGAAGCACGUGGAGCGAGCAUCCCAUGACCUGAGGGCUGUCAUAACCACUUAUGAAGGAAAACACAACCAUGAUGUCCCGGUAGCUCGUGGCAGUGGCAGUUACACUGUCAAUAGGCCUUUGUCCGAUUUGGGCAACAGCAAUGCUCCUACAACCAUUAGGCCCAAGCCCUCAGCCAUGACCGUCCCUUCUAAUCAUGCAACAAAUUACCCAAGUUCCCUUCACAAUGCAAGGCUACCAAUACCACAAAGUCAAGCACCAUAUACCCUACAGAUGUUGCAGAGUCCAGGGAGCUUUGGGUUCUCAGGUUUCGGAAACUCAGCAGGUUCCUACAUGAAUCAAACACUACACACAGAUAAUGCCUUCUCUGCAGCCAAGGAAGAGCCCAAGGAUGACUCAUUUUUCGAGUCUUUCCUAAACUAAGAUUGGUUGGAAAAAAGAAAACACGAUUGCUUGGGAGCGCAAUCUAUAAGAAAGUGAUAUUUCAUCAACUCAUUAUUUUGCUCUGGUGCAUAACUGCACAGACAUUUGGCUUAGUAAAUGAUAGGACUCACUGUAAGAGGUAGUCCCAUUUGUUAAUUUGUUUUGGAGGCCUUCAAAAUUGAACCUUAAACAAGCGGCCUCAUUAGUUUUUUACAUUGGAAAAUAAAGUAGGAUAGAUAAAUUGGGAGGAAUAUGCAAUGUAAAUCAAAGUUCAGUCUUGUAUUUUUUUUUUCUCUGGUUAAUUUAUGUUAAACCGACCUCUGCUGUUGGUACUUCUUUUUCUCUUUAUUUU